AUGGAGUGGUGGUUCCAGUUCUUUGGCUGGUUUCUAACUUUUCUUACAGUGUUAGGAAACUGCUCCGUGAUUUUACUUAUUUCUAUAAAUCGUCGGCUGUAUUGUUCAGCAAACUGGUUUGUUCUCUCCCUGGCAGUAGCAGACUUUGCGGUUGGAGCAGCUGUUUUUCCUAUGGGAUAUAUCUGCAAGUACGUUACAAACUGCAACAUGAGCUUAUUUGUCGCCUUCUAUUGGUUUUUUCUCCAUUCGUCGACCACAAACCUCUGCGCUUUGAUCCUGGAUCGCUACACCAUUCUUGUCUACCCUUUUAAGUACCCAACUUCUAUGGUAGGGCGAAAACAGGGGACAGUCAUCGUAUUUUCAUGGUUCAUUCCGCUGACGAUUUCUACAUCUCUUUUACUAGGCCCAUACGCAACAAAAUCUCCUGUUUUUUUAAAGGCUUUGCAUAUAACCGGAGUCUCUGGGCUUGAAAUAAUAUCGUGCUCGCUUAUUUUUUACGCCGUUGUUCGUAUUUUGCUAGUACAGGCAAAACAAAACUAUGCUAUGAAGUCUAUUGAACGACAGAUUCGCCAUAAUCAAGCAUUAAUCAGAGCUUCCAUUCCGCGGAGAAGGAAAACCAGUGCAGUUGGCUUCGUGAUUGCAAUAGCGCUGUUCUGCUUCGGAUGCUAUGUCAUCGUUAACUAUUUAAUACUAUGCCUUUCAUUUUCUUGUAGCAGUUUAUCUGACUAUGAUCAUGAAGAACUAAUCUCAAUUUGUACCUUGCUUCUAAUAGGAAACUCGGCUGUAAACCCGUUAGUGUACGCACUGUUAAAAAGGGACAUCAAACACGAAUUGAGACAGCUAAUUCAUAGG